AUGGAGACAGAUUCUGCCAAGGAAGUAAAAACUUACUCCCGUAUUUCGAGAAUAAGCGAGGUAGAUUGGAUGCCAAAAUUAAACUUAUCAGAUACUUUGUCAUCUCGAGAAGCAUUACAAUUUCUUCUCAACGGGACACUGAGAUUACGUGUGUGCAGAUAUUGUUUAAAUAUUACUAAUAAUCUAUGUGAACUUGAUGAAGUACUAGUUUUGGCGGGAAAAAGCGGUCUUUAUGAAGUCACAAUCAAAGAUAUAAUUGGUAGUUUUCAUCCAAUUAAGGUUAUUUAUGACGAAAAUUACCCAAAUAAAAUAUGCACUAGUUGCUUUGAAAACGCAUUGCAGUGCUAUCUUUUUACUCAGCGUUGUGAGCAAGCAGAAAGGGCAUUUAACAAUUUCUUUGAAGACAUAAAUGAAAAAUUCAAUAAACUUGAUCCAAUGGAACCAGUAAAGAAAAGAGGAAAACCAAAACUCAAACCAAAUCAUAAUAUUUUAUAUACUGAGCACAGAAAUGUAAUUGAUUAUGCUGAACCAAUCAUUAACUUGAUCCAUUUAAAUACCUUAUCAACAAACAAUGACAGCAAUAAUUUAGAAUGCCCUAAAUGUUGGCAAGUACUUCCAAACCAAAUGUCACUAGUAAACCAUGAGAAAGCUCAUCCUCAAACUAUGUGGUACCAUUGUAAGGAAUGUGGGAAAGCUUUUGUUAAAUAUACACAACUGAAGAGACACAUGCGUCUAGGUCAUGAAGAUAUUCAGAACACCGAGUGUUACAUGUUUACAUGCAAACAGUGCGGAUGUAGAAAUCAUUCGCUCAAUGAACAUUUAUUGCAUAUUGAAAAACAUAGAUUUACAAGCGCUCUUAAAGACUUGGUAAUGAAACCUGAAGGCAAUUGUGAUAUAUGUUUCAAUAAAGAUGUUACAGUAAAUUUAAAUGAGAGUAUGCACUUUCAAGGUAUGGGCAAGGGGUUGGUUGGGGAGAAGACUAUACACACAAUUGCAUCAACUAUAUUUCCUGAUAUCACACUUCCCUUAGUUCCUGGCAAUAAAAUUUGCAAAACCUGUCUUGAUAAACUCUUAAUUUCAUAUAUAUUUAUAUUAAGUGUUAGAAAUAUUAGAUAUAGGCUGGAUAAAUGUAUCACAACAAUGGUAGAUAGUCUUGAAAAUGUAGAUGAGACUAAAAAUGUUCUAAUUGAAAUAUCGCAAAACAUACUGUGCCCCGACAUAGAUGUGUCCACAUCAAAAGAUGGAGAUAAAGAAGAAUUCUUAGAAGAUGAAUUCAGAGUGCUAGACUCCAAUAGUGACAUUGAUAUGAAGAGUAAUCACAGUGCUUUCACAGAUGAUAUUAUUAUUGAUAAUCCUGCAAAAAAUGUGACCAAGACGUAUAGUAAGAAAUUUCAAUUUUCAACAGUUAAUGGUUAUCAACGAAAUAACAUAAAUUCAGAAUAUUUAGGGGAAUUCUUGAGAUUUAAGAAGAAACAACAGUCCAAGUACACAUGUCCUUUAUGCAGUAAACACUUUAUAUCUGACUAUUUUCUAAAGGAACAUGUGAUAAGACAUAUUUUUAGAAUUUUAAAGUGUAAAAUGUGUUCCAAGAGUUUUAAAUCAAAAUUUUAUCUGAGAGAGCAUGUGAAAACGGCCCACAUAUUGAAUUUAGAAAAAGAAUCUAUUUGCGGCAUAUGCGGAAGAUCUUUUGAGAAUUCAGAGAAUUUAAAAAAACAUAUGAAGACUCAUUAUGACAAAGAAUGUCCCUUAUGUAACAAAUAUUAUAGAACACAGGUACAUUUUGAUAUACAUAUGCAACGGCACAUCAUCAAAUUCAAUUUGAACCGGAUCAACACUGAAACAUGCAGUUUCUGUGAAAAAGCUUGUUCAAAUGCCAAUGAACUUUCUCUGCAUAUCAAUAAAGUGCAUUUACAAAUGAAGCCUUACCACUGUGACAUGUGUGAAAAACAAUUUUAUACUGAAUAUAACUUGAGCAGCCACAAAAAGUUACACAGCUUAAAAUCCAAGGAGGAAUGCAAGUUUUGUCAUAAAAACUUUAAAUGUAGGAAGACGUUGGUAGUUCAUCUACGCAAGCAUUUAAAUAUAAAACCGCAUAUCUGUCCUAUCUGUACAAGAUCAUUUUAUUCUGAGUCUGGUAUGAAACUACACAUGAAAAAGUCUCAUGGAGGAAGAUAUUGCUGUAGAAUAUGUAAGCAGAUCGUUGAUAGCAGUUCUGACUUGAAAAAUCAUUUAACAACUGGUUGUGGGGUACAAAGUUAUAUGUAG